AUGCUCACCUGCAGGACUGAGCAGGACAUCAUGCUUCAAGUUUCUGGGUACCAUCCACCCAAAGAUAUCUAUUCUAGUCCAGGUUCCACACACAUCCCACCUUUAUUGACCCAAGUGCAUACAUCAGAUCCUUGGAAGCUGACAAUGAAGAGGCAGGUUGCACCACCUUACACCAUAUCUUUAUUGCGGUGGGAAGACCCAAGCAUGUACAUCAGAUCCCUGGAAGCUGAAGAUGCAGAGGCAGGUUGCACCACCCAGCACCUCCCUCCCUCCAACUCAUCCUACAUUCUACUGUGCCCCCCCUCUCAGGCUGAUAAGACUUCUUGCCAGUCCUUGAUUAACACAGUCUACAACUUUUCUUCUUUUGUGGUAGAUAACGUGAUAAACUGUCUAGACACUGGAACAUGGUUCCUCGUUAAGAUAAUUCUCUGUAGAGACUACAGUCUCAAAUAUGAAUAUGUUGACCAAAGACUGGUUGGUCAAAUAGGCACAGAGUGGUGA